UUCGUAAACACUUCUAUCGCUACGGACGACAUUUUACUGUACUGAAAGUUUUCAAACCCUAGUUUUUCAUGUAUACAACUGUGCUUCCGGAGUAAACAAUCCAAAAGAUAUUUAAAAAUUUAAACUAAUUAAAAUGUGUAAAUUCUCUACCCUUUAAAUAAAAGUGUAAAAUAUUAAUUUCAACGAAAGUUACCAUUUGUUAAAUUUCAAUCUAAAACAGCACACUUACAAAAUUAUUAAGAAUUUCUAUAAAUAUAUAAUUUCUGCUUAAAAUUUUAAGUUAUAAAUAGAUGUGUUUAAAAAAAAAAUAUUGACAUUUUCUCUCUUUCUGUCUAGCCAUAGCUGUGAAUAGCUAUUUUACAAUUGCUUCCGGCUUUAGACUCUCGAUUAAUUCAUUCAUAAACACGAUCAGGGUUUGAAUCCCUAAGUUGACAUAUAGCCUCUGAAAGUGUUGCACGCAGUAAUUUAAUGUUUAUAGAUUAAUAAAUCUGCUUUUUAAGUAUUAAUAAAUCUGUUAUAUUUAAAUUAAUAAAUCUGUUUUUAAAUUAAUAAAUCUGUUUUAUUAAAGUGUUGUAAAUUAUGAAGAAGUAUAAAUAUUUGGGAUUUUUGAUUUAUUGUUUAAAUUUUAUUGACAUUUCACAAAUAUUUUGUGAUGCUGCAUCAGCACAUAUACAUCAUCAUAGAGAAUCGUUUGAGAAAGAAAGAACUGAAGAUGGUGCAUUUAAUCCAAGAAGUAAUAAUCAUUAUGUGAAUGGCGAACAUCAUCAAGAAUUUGACCAUGAAGCUAUUUUGGGAAGUGUUAAAGCAGCUGAAGAAUUCGACAAAUUACCAAAAGAGGAAUCGAAAAGAAGAUUAGAAAUCCUCUUGACCAAAAUGGAUCGGAAUAAAGACAAGUACAUUGAAAGGAAUGAAUUAAAAUCAUGGAUUCUUCGAUCCUUUAGUAUGUUGUCAGCCGAAGAGUCACAAGAUCGAUUUGAAGAUGCAGAUGCAAAUGAAGAUGGAAAAAUAAGUUGGGAGGAGAUUCUUCAAGACACAUAUGGCUCGGAUUCGGAAGAUUUGGCAAUUGAUGAUAAAUUAGUGAAUGAUGAUAAAAUGACCUUUGAAGCUGCUGAUUCCAAUGGCGAUGGUUAUUUAACAGCUGAAGAAUUUAAAGCCUAUACACAUCCUGAAGAAACACCAAAAAUGUUUCCUUUACUAUUGAAACAAGCAAUUGCCGAUAAGGAUACAAAUAAUGAUGGUUUCAUUGAUUUUCAAGAGUUUCUUGGUAAUAGAGCAAAGGGCGAGGAUAAAGAAUGGUUAUUAGUUGAAAAGGAAAAGUUUGAUCAUGAACAUGAUAAAAAUCAGGAUGGUAGGCUGGAUGAUGGGGAAAUUCUUUCCUGGUUGGUGCCAAGCAAUGAUGACAUUGCAACUGAUGAAGUGGAUCAUUUGUUUGCGGCCGCAGAUGAUGAUCAUGAUAAUCGUCUGUCGUAUGAAGAAAUAUUAGAUCAUCAUGAUACAUUUGUUGGAAGUGAAGCAACUGACUAUGGAGAUCAUUUACAAGAUAUACAUCGCUUCGAAGAUGAACUUUAAAAAUAAUUUAUAAUUUUAGGAUAAAAAUAUUUUCUAAAAUAUUAAUAUUUUCUGAAAUAUUAAAAUUUUCUAAAAUAUUAAUAUUUUAGAAAAUUUUAAAUCUCUAUAUUGAAAACACCACGCGGACUUUGGUUUUGAAUUAAUUUAAUUCUAAACUGUUUUUUUAGCGCCUCCAGGUGAUUUCAAUGUGGAGUUUAAAAAAUGACGAAUGAAUGUGACGUAAUUUUAAGUUUUAAUUAAAAUCUAUAUAAUUAAUUUAAUAUAUAGUAAAUUUGACUGAUUCACUUUUUGUAAGACUCACAUUAUUAUUUAUUGUGCAGUAUGUUCUUUGACCAAAGUAAAUAUGAGGAGUUAUUUCUCAAAAUUUUA